CACCGCCGUAGUUGGGCUAGCUGGGUUCUGGGCUUCAGAACCUGGAGACGCGGUCAAACGAGCGGUCGCCCACGUUCCCGGGGCCAGUCCGAGUAAACCCCGAGGCUGGGGAAAGGAGCUAGCCGCCUCCCCCGCUGGCGUUAGGAAGCGUCGCUCCUCCUCGCUGACCUUGGUCUCUCUUGUCGCCUCGCCCUUGGCCACACUCAGGGGCCGGGCACUUGGUCCGAGAGAUCUGCAGACAGGUCCCUGGGUAGGCCGAGACUCGCGAUGUAGGCACACAAACUGCUGUCGUCCUUCCCUCCGGCUCUGGGGCGUCGGGUCGCCCCCACCCCUACGCCCGGGCGAGCCAGUCCAGGGUUAAUGCCAACGAGUUUCCACCUCCAGCCGCUCCUAGAGAGGCCGCGGCGCAAGCCAGCGGGGGAAACUGGCCAGGGACGGACACUUCCUGUGGGGGGGAGGGGACGGGAGAGCAGUAGUCCAACUGGGGCUCGAGGGGCCAAGACGAGGGGUCUCGGGUUGGUAGUAGUGGCUGGGGACGGCCGGAGGAGUAGACUAGCCUCUUCGCCUCCGUGGCCACGACGCGCGAGGGCCGGUGAGGGCGGCAGGACAAUCCGAGACCUUGGGAGGGGGCGGGGCCGCGGGCAGGGGCGGGGCUGGAGAGGCCCAGGGUCAAGACGUCCGGCCUUCGCGGCCCGAGCCAGGCCGCCCGGUCUCCUGGGCGGCUCUGAAACGGCGGGUGGUGAGGGCUCGGGGCUCCGGACACUCGAACUGGGUUGCAGGAUCGUACGCCAUCGCCACGGCCGCUGCACUGGGAGCUGGCAGGGAUGGAGCGGGAGGCGUCGACGUGGGGCCUCGAGACUGGGGAUGUGCACAGUCCUGACGAAACGGGCAGCCCCGAUGGGUCUCUCAAAGGCAACACAAAUGAAAACGAAGGGGCAAUUGCUCAGCAAGAAGACCGUGGGGACUAUGAAGUUGAAGAAAUACCUUUUGGACUCGAACCCCAAAGCCCUGAGUUUGAGUCCCAAAGCCCCAGAUUUGAGCCUGAAAGCCCAGGGUUUGAAUCCCGGAGCCCUGGGUUUGUGCCCCCAAGCCCUGAGUUUGCACCCAGAAGUCCUGAAUCAGAUCCUCAGAGCCCCGAGUUUGAAUCCCAGAGUCCUAGGUAUGAGCCGCAAAGCCCCGGCUAUGAUCCCAAGAGUCCAGGUUAUGUACCCGGGAGCCCUAGGUAUGAACCCAAAAGCCCUGGAUAUGAAUCCCAGAGUCCCGGGUAUGCACCGCAGAACUCUGGAGAUGAAGCUCGGAACCCUGAGUUCAAAACCCAUAGCCCCGAAUUUGAAACUCAAAGUUCCAAAUUCCAGGAAGGUGCAGACAUGCUUCUGAACCCCGAGGAAAAGAACCCAUUGAGCAUCUCCUUAGGAGUGCACCCCCUGGACUCCUUUACUCAGGGGUUUGGGGAGCAACCCGCAGGGGCACUGCCUCUAGGAGCACCAUUUGAUAUGCCUGCAGGGGCCCUGCUGGCCACACCCCAGUUUGAGAUGCUCCAGAAUCCCCUGAAUCUGACAGGGACCCUUCGUGGUCCAGGCCGUAGAGGUGGCCGGGCCAGGGGUGGGCAAGGCCCCCGACCUAACAUCUGCGGCAUCUGUGGGAAGAGCUUUGGGCGAGGCUCUACCCUGAUCCAGCACCAGCGCAUCCAUACCGGCGAGAAGCCUUACAAAUGUGAGGUGUGCAGCAAGGCCUUUUCCCAGAGCUCUGACCUCAUCAAACACCAGCGUACCCAUACCGGCGAGCGGCCCUACAAGUGUCCCAGGUGCGGCAAGGCCUUCGCCGAUAGUUCUUACCUUCUUCGUCACCAGCGCACCCACUCUGGCCAGAAGCCCUACAAGUGCCCACACUGUGGCAAGGCCUUCGGCGACAGCUCCUACCUCCUGCGUCACCAGCGCACCCACAGCCACGAGCGGCCCUACAGCUGCCCAGAGUGUGGCAAGUGCUAUAGCCAGAACUCAUCCCUGCGCAGCCAUCAGAGAGUGCACACUGGGCAGCGGCCUUUCAGCUGCGGCAUCUGUGGCAAGAGCUUCUCCCAACGCUCAGCACUUAUCCCGCAUGCCCGCAGCCAUGCUCGGGAAAAGCCCUUCAAGUGCCCGGAGUGCGGCAAGCGCUUUGGCCAGAGCUCGGUUUUGGCCAUCCAUGCCCGCACCCAUCUGCCAGGCCGCACGUACAGCUGCCCCGACUGCGGCAAGACCUUCAACCGCUCCUCCACCCUCAUUCAGCACCAGCGCUCCCACACAGGCGAGAGGCCCUACCGCUGUGCUGUGUGUGGCAAGGGCUUCUGCCGCUCCUCCACGCUGCUGCAGCACCAUCGUGUGCAUAGUGGGGAGCGACCCUACAAGUGUGAUGACUGUGGAAAGGCCUUCUCGCAGAGCUCCGACCUCAUCCGCCAUCAGCGGACCCACGCAGCUGGCCGGCGUUGACCAGUCAAGGGUGGGGAGGUGAUGGGCAGAAGAGAAAGGGUCAGGGAACUAGAGAAACUGCUUGAGAGGAUAAUGGAAAAGUUGGAGAAUAGAAGGGUGGAAUAUUCUAGAAGACGGGUCAGGGUGCAGGAAGUUAUAUGCCCUCGAGAAGUUUGAGAAGUGGGCUGCGAAGAGGGGUUGAAGGGAGGCCAGACAGGCAACAGGAAGCCCCAGGAGAGAUUCCACGCUGCUUGCCUGUGCAGUAGUGUCUCCUUAGCUGGAGGCCUGUCCUGGCAAAGUACUAGAUGGGGAGGGGGGAGGGCAAGGGAGUGUCACUGAAUUAGAGUAGGGUAGCAUAGAUUGGUAGCUGCUGAGACCCUUGUGAAACCAGGAAGAGGGCAAAGGGUAGGUAGGUGGGGAGUAGGGCCCAAGGGGUAGGGCCUGGGCCUCUCAGAGCAAACCCCAGUCUACCUUGUCUUCCUCAGGCUUUGGAGCCCUUUGAGUUCAAUAAAACUUUCAUGUGGUAAGAAACUUGUCCCUAA